UGUCUGUCAUCAAACGCGUACUAGCCAGCUCCUUACAUCGCCACUCUUUACCGCUUUAGGCGGUCGCUUCGACGAUAACGUGCUUGCCUUUUAUUUUUCCGAUUUCUACGAUCCGGAACGUAUCUCCCCCUUUCCUCUCUCGCUCCUUCUCGCUCUUUCCCUGACCCCACUUGCUAGUUCUCUCGCUCUUUCCCUCUCUUUUUCUAUCUCUCUCUCUCUCUCUCUCUCUUUUUCUUUCACGGAUACAGUGUCUCUCUGUCUCACACUUUCUCUCUCUCCCGUGCGAAGUUCCUCUGGAGAUUUCUGUGUGCUUCGUCGACGAUGUAAACAGAGUGAUAUUUUUUGGAAGAAAAAUUUCUAUUUCCUGCCUUUAUUUACCGUCACGAUCGUUUCUCUAUCACUGUUAUUGUUACCGCUGCUUUAGUGCGUACACGAAUGUGACGCACCUAUAGUUGGAGUAACCGCGCAUCAACAAGCAGCAUUUUCUUCGAUGACAUUGUCUUUUAUCGUUACACCAUCAUGAGUACGGCAUAAAUGUAUGCAAUUGUUGUACAAUGAAGAGAUCAUUGGUAGAAAUUACCAAGUAAACAUGGGAAUACCGCUGAUAAGUCCAGUAGGAAAAUAUUGAGCGCAUCGGUAGAGAUGCGCUUUGUACCAUUAGAAAGAAACUGAAUGAAUAAGCAAAAUUAUAAGGAAUGGUAUUCUAUUGGAUUCUACUGGAUGUUAGAUAAGCUGAAAAAUGUCUGGUGAUUCAGGAUGGAGCGCUGUUAUUCACCAUCCUUCGGAAUUAGAAUUGCAAAAUUGGAACUGGGAGGAAAACGAUGGAGAGCAGGAAAGGGAGCUCCCAUCGACUGUUGAUAUGGAUGCCAUAAAAGGCGGAGGUAGCUGGGACCCAACCACUGAACCUAAUGGAACAGAUUCGGUUGAUUCAGAAGAGGAUUCCGAUUCCGACGACGAAAGCUCAGGCGGUUCAGAAGGUAGCUGUUCUUAUUCGGAUUCAAAUUCGGACUCGGACGACGAGAGUAGCGGCGAGGAAGAGGAGGAUACAGGAUCCAAUUCGGAUUGUACGUCGGAGCACAGCGAACAAACGUUUUCCAUUCAGGAAACAAAUUUUGAAUCGGGAGCGCUUAAAUUAAAGAUUACUAUGAAAGGACCCAAAAAGGAGGAUUUGGAAAAAACGAAAUCCGAAAAAAACAGGAGGAACGUAUCGAAAAAAGUUAAGGCCAAUCGCGGGGCUAAGUCGUCCGAAUGCAGUAGCGAGGAUUCGGAUUCGUCGGAGAACCGGUUACCUUUGCAACACCCUCAACAACAGCAACAGACUCAGCAAUCUCAGCAGCAGCAACAGCAACAACAGCAGCAGCAACAUCUACCGCUUCAGGAGAUCAAUCAGGAGGAUUUAGCGGCCAUUUUACCGGAUCAAGAGCACGAAGACGCACCGUUCGACGGAUUUGAGGAUUCGGAAAGCGGUCGGCUAGUAUCGAAAGCAAUCGAACGUAUGUCGCUUGGAGCCGAUUCGGAUACCAGCGAGAAUGCCGAUCAAAACCCUGUACCUGUGUAUAGCUCCACUUUAUUACAGCAAUUUGUCGAGAAAACGGCUUUGCUAUCGGAACCGAGAAAAAGGCGAAGUAAAAUAGGGAAGAAGGUGAACGAUUCGGAAUAUCCUUGCGUCUCAAACGUAUCACCGGACUCGGGAAUUCAAUCGGUGGACAACAGUCCUUUACACCUAGCAAUUAGUCCUGUGAGUCCUCCAGCUCCGACGCAAUCACCGGUGCAACCAGUCGUUACGAAGCCAGCGGUGAACGUGGAUCGUGUUCUGUAUCCUCCGAAACGAAAGCCUGGGAGACCGGCGAAGACGGUAUCCGCGCAACCUCGAGGUCCUGGCAGGCCGAGGUUGAAGCCAGAAGUUGUGGAAAAAAUAGAGAAGAUAGAGAAGAUCGAAAAAUCUGGGAAGAACGAGAAGGGCGAAAAGAAGGAAGCUUCCUCUCAACAGCAAAAAGUUGUAAAAGAAGAAUGCAGUAAAAGAGGGAAAGUAAAGUCGGUGGUGCAACAGAAAACUGGCGCGCCUCGGAGCGAAAAAGAAGACGAAAGCGAAUCGGCUAAGAAGUUGAAAGAUAAAUCUGUUUGCCAAAAGAAACGGAGUUGUAACAUUUCCAAACAGUGUUCUCAGGGAAAGGUAAAUAGGAAGAGGAAUACAAAUUCAGCGAUGCGAGUCAAGUGCCUAAGUAGAAGCGUUACGAAUAAACACGGGAAGGAAGGGAUUAAAUGCAACGGCGGGACGUGUAAAAAGAUGAGGAAGGAUAAACCUGGUGGCGGGAACAACAAGGCGACAACUCCGUUACGACGGCAGAAACAGUUAGCCUGCGAUCGAAUAUCUGGCGAAAGGAAGGUGAUCAGUUCAAACAAGAGAAGUUUAAAGGAGAACAGAAGCGGUACGACGGGUCCUUUGGCCAAGAGACAAGCAUCGUUAAAGAAGAACGUCGCGCCGGUUACGCGACGCGUUUUAAAGGAGAAUAAGAACACUAAAAAAGCAACAACCGGCUUUGAAACUAACGGCGUUGGUGUGCAAACUCUGAUAUCAUUGCCGGUCGGCGAGGUGUUGAAAGCGGAGAAGGUGGAGAACGUGACGAACAAUAAAUGCGACAAGGCAACGCAACCAAUACACAACCAUUGCCAUAAACACCAUCAUCACAAGCAUCGACGACGAUUGCUGUUACCCCCGAAAAAUCCUAUACGCAUCCAUCCGUGUAUCAUACAAGAGCUGGAGAAGUUGAUCGAAGAAUUCUCAAGGUCUUGCAGUUUAGGUAGGAACAAUUCGAGCUCGGGAUACUCCGAAUUGCCGCAGAUCUUUCGCGUAAAGAAACUAACGAAGAAGAGGAAAGGCGACGUUACCACCAGCGACGAUCAGAAGCUGAAGAGACGCUUGAAGAAGGAGAAGACGCUAUCGGGGACCGAUUCUAAGAGCAGUACAAACGCGAGUACGAACUCGAAUCCGAACGAACAAAGAUUACCUUUGAAAAAGAGGCAUUACCACGUGUCGAGUCCGCACAGUUCACAAAGUUCGAACGGAAGCGGCACCGACCUGGCCUCGAACGAAGCGAACUCCACGGAAAGUCACAUAGAAGAAGCGAUCGAAGCGACGAUAACUAGAUACGGCGGUAGUUCAGCGUCUUUCUUCCAAGAGGACUCCGUUCCAGUCACCCCGAAGAAAAGACACAGGGACAGCGAAAACGCGAGUCCUGACAAGUCGAGUGCAGCCUCCUCGGAUUUAUUGGAAGAGAAACCGUUGAACCAAGUGGAAGUACAACCCCGCAGAAAGAAGAAGAUCGUGAAGGAUCUUCGCGUGACCGUCACUAAACUACCCGCCGAGACUCACGGCGCUUUCGACAAAAGCGACAAGCUCGAUAAGAGCGAUGGUAAAGCCGAGAAGUCGGAGAAAUCUUCCAGCGACUCGAAGAGCUUGAAGAGUCACGCGGAUAGGAACGGGAAAAGCGAAAAGACAGUUGCAGAAAAAUCGAUAAAAACUGAUAAAAGUCAGACUGAUAAGAAUGAAAAGAGAGAUGCGUCACCGGAACACGUUCGCUUGGACAAGAAUAUCAAAGUCGACGCGGCGGAGUUCCACGUGACGGAGAGCUUCGACGAUAGCGAAACUGCGAACGAAACUAAACCAACGCAAAGUAAUCUCAGUUCCAGCGUUCCAAAUCCAUUGAACUCUUCUGCUGUGCUGGUAUUGACCAAGAAGAAGAUGAGACGACGAAAGGCCAUCAAUCGUACCGGUUUUCCAACGCUGAAGAAGAAGAAGAAGAGAAUCCUGAAUUCGAACGAGACGGAUGGUACGAAAGGCGUUAAUGUAACCAGCGAGAAUGGUACGGACGUCCCUGUCGAUGAUCAAACGCCUAAGGAAGGAACCGAGGAUUCCACGAUGGACAGCAAAAGCACCUUGCUGAACGCUGAAAUAGAGGACGUGUUCAGCGAGGAGCUGAAACACGGCAACAACAACGCUGUAAGAGCGCAUUCGAAAUCCAGUAUGAAUUCCAGUCCAGAGAAUACCAGUGCCUUGGAUCAGGAGACGUCGUCCGGUCGCGAGCAAUCGGAGCCUCGUUCCGGUCAGCUGAGGGUUCGAAAAGACCUCGUCGAGACGGACAGCGACAACGGGUCCAACAAAUUAUGUCCCGUUAAGUUCGAGAAGAUUCAAGACUCGAGGUCGUACGACGAGAACGCGUCCCUGGAGGAGUCUCUCGAGAGAUACAAUUCCAAUCAAAAGGUCGGGGAAUUGAACGAGGAGAACGUGAAGAAACUGGAACGCGCGAGUUCCCAGGCGAAUAUCAAAACCGAGCAUUCCACAGCUUUCAAUGGAAACCAGAAGAAACGACGAGGUUCCUCGAGUCCUUGCAAUCUAGCUCCUAGGAACAUAAAGCGUCUGCGAAGCGCAGGCUACGACACGGAGAACGACGUGUUGUCCGGCAGCGAUAUCCUUCCGGAGGACCACGAGGUCGGCAAACAUUCGAGCUCGACGCACACCAGGAAGAAACAGUCCAGGUGGAGGAAGCGUUACUUUCAGGGCGGUAUUCUGCAGGACUAUGGUAAAGAUUACGAGUCAAAAACCCGCGGCAAUAUCGAGAACAUCAAUGCUUCUGGGAAGAAUAAGAUUGUCUGCGAAACUAACGAACCCGCGUCCGCCGCGUUAUUGUCCGCCACUUAUCAAUGUGGCAAAUUACUGCGGCAAAGAAAAAUGCCUUUUCAAUUACCUUACGAUCUAUGGUGGUUGCACACGCAGUCGAGACUGCCUAGCAGAGAGUCCGUACCGUCGUGGAAUUAUAAAAAGAUUCGUACGAACGUUUAUUACGACGUGAAACCGACUACUCUGUACGAAGCGCAAGCUUGCGAAUGCAAGCCGGAGAGCGGUUGCGGAGACGAUUGCAUCAAUCGUAUGAUCUUCAGCGAAUGUUCCCCACAGCUUUGUCCCUGCGGGGAGAAGUGCGAGAAUCAGAAGAUUCAGAAGCACGAAUGGGCACCGGGUUUGCAGAAAUUCAUGACCGAGGACAAGGGUUGGGGCGUUAGGACCCAACAGUCUAUCAAAUCCGGUGUCUUUAUUCUGGAGUACGUUGGAGAAGUUGUCUCUGAGAGAGAAUUCAAAUCCAGAAUGGCGACUAGGUACGCCAAUGAUACGCAUCAUUAUUGUUUGCAAUUGGACGGUGGGUUGGUGAUCGAUGGACAUCGCAUGGGAGGUGAUGGAAGAUUCGUGAAUCAUUCCUGCGAGCCGAAUUGCGAAAUGCAAAAGUGGAGCGUUCACGGGCUUCCCCGCAUGGCGCUGUUCGCUUCCAGAGACAUUAAACCUGGAGAAGAGUUAACUUAUGAUUAUAAUUUCGCCCUGUUUAAUCCAUCCGAGGGACAAGAAUGCAGAUGCGGUAGUAGCGCUUGCAGAGGAGUAAUUGGUGGAAAGAGUCAAAGAGUUUCAAAGAGUAUCGCUACUCUUCCGGCUCAAUGUGAACCCACAGAGAGAAGAUCCGUUGGGAGGCCAAGAAAGAACGUACGAAAGUCUAAUACUGUACAGUCGGUGAAUUCAAAGGGCAUUUGUAAAUCCCGCAAAGUGGGGGACACUAAUUUGAUUAACGCACCUGUUCUGAAACCCAUGUCUCAUCAACAGCGAUGCUUUGCUCAGCAACAUCAUUGCUUCUUAUUAAGAAAUUUAGAGAAAGUCAGACGGGUUAAGUCGUCGGUAAACCAGGUACAGGUACAGAACGGUAAAACGAAAUUUAGUAACGCGGGUACCGUGAAGGAGAAGAGCGUUGGCGAUGCUAAAAUCCAAUCCGAUGCAUUUUUCUCUCAGUUAACCGCUCUGACUAACACAAAUACGCGUACGGUCCGAACUAGAAGAUUAGCGCAAGCUCAGGACGACCCGGAAGUACAUAAAACCGCAAAGUUAGCUAAAGUGCUGAAGGAUCUUUAUAGCAUCGUUGCAACUGCAAACGACGAAAAUGGACAACUGCUGUGCACGCCGUUCAUGACGUUACCUUCCAAAAGAAAGUUACCGGAUUAUUACGAGAAAAUAUCGGAUCCUAUAGAUUUAACUACGAUCGAUCAGUGCAUCGGAACUGGUCAUUACAAAACGGCCGAGAAUUUUGAUCAGGAUAUGAUCAAACUUUUCGAUAACAAUAUUAGAUUCUUUGGUAGGACCUCGGAAAUGGGUAUCGCCGCGGCUAGAUUAAGGAAAUUGUAUUUGGGCAGCAAACCUGAUUUUGUGGACGCGAUUACGGACGCGACGGGCUGCCCUCCUUCUCAAGGUUUCUUACCUCCUCGAGGUUCAACGGCUGGCGAGGAAGAUGUUAUCAGAUGUAUUUGUGGCUUGCACAGGGACGAAGGUUUGAUGAUUCAGUGCGAGAGGUGUCUCGUCUGGCAGCAUUGCGAUUGCGUUAAAGCCGACACUAGCGUAGAAUCUUAUUUGUGCGAGAGGUGCCAUCCGCGUCCGGUGGAUCUGGAGAUACCGUUGGAAGGCGACGAGGAGGAAGAGGGAAAGAAACACUACGUUACUUUGAUGCGUGGCGAUUUACAGCUCAGACAAGGGGACACCGUGUACGUGUUGAGGGACACUCCAGAGAAACAUACGUACAAAACCAUUCAGAAACCUGAUUACGAGCAGAUGGAUAUCUUUAGAAUCGAAAGACUCUGGAAGAAUACAGAAGGAGAGAGAUUUGUAUUUGGUCAUCACUACUUAAGACCCCACGAAACGUAUCACGAGCCUACUCGAAAGUUUUACGAGAACGAAGUUGUCUGUGCUCCGCUCUACGAAGCUGUCCCGUGCGAUUUGGUUGCCGAACGCUGUUGGGUUCUCGAUCCUCAUACAUACUGCAAAGGACGACCGGUGGGUUCCACGCCAGAGCAUACUUACGUGUGCGAGUACCGCGUUGAUCGCGCUGCUCGACUUUUCACGAAAGUUGCCAGAGCUAGGCAUCAAGUCUGCACGAAACCAUACGCGUUCGAAACGUUUCCGCAGCGUAUCAAGCAUUACCGUACAUACUUGCCACACAGUCUCGAAGGAAUACAAGUUGGAAGUAAAAUGAAUAAAGAGAAGAAGAAAGGGAACAACCAGGACGCGGAUACUAAUCAGAAAUCGGAAACAAACGACAACGCGAAAACGCAGGUUAAAGAUCAACAAAAAUCCUCCACGAGUAAAGGUAGACGACGAUCGAAUGAAAUUUUAUCCAUCGCUACUCCUACCACAUCGUACGCUCAGCGAGAAGAGCAAAGAAGAAGGUUGAAUAACAUUUUAAUCGGUUUACUACAAAAGAUGCCGAAUAAAAAGGAUCCUUUGGAUCUGUCGUUUUUACUAGAAAGGAAUAGGCGGAAUCGUAAAAGGCCAGGUGGAUUGAAUCCGUGACAUUGGGUUAUACAUCAACGAUAAUACGGUAUUAUCGUACACGCGUAUGUGUUCAUGCUCGUUCAUGCACACACACACGUAACGCAUUGGUACUAUGGGCCACUAAUUUCUAUCGCAGUUACAUCUGUAAUCAAAGACGAUCUACCGAUCGGUUAUUUCGUUUCGCUACACGUAAAUUGAUGUCGUUUAAAUCGUCGUUUCGCAAAGGAAAACGAUAAGCUACGCGUUUUCGUCUCCUUACACUAUGACCCGUCCAUUCGUAUAAUUUAAUCUUAAAAAGUGAAUUACCACUCUUCUCGAACCUAAGCUAUAUCAGUCGAGAAUCUUUUUAUAUAUUGUUUUUACGUGUGUGAAACUAUAGAAAAUUCGUAGGAAUCAUGUUUCGAUUGAGAUUUUCUGUAGUUUCUUGUCAUCGUUUUGAUAUUUUUAGACAACUUCCUUCGCUUGCGUCAGAAGUUAGGUAUCGGGGUGAACAAAUGGGAACAGAAUCGAAUCGUUCGAUUCUGUUCGAAAUAUUUCACGGCGUAAUGUUACGCGACAUUUUUUUAUAAGUAUUUCGAUCGUAUAGAGUUUAUUUGAGUUCAUGAAAUGGAUCGACCGGGAUUGGGAAUUUAGAUUCCGGUGCCUGGAACAACGUAUCAAUCGAAUUGCAUAUAACGAGAGCUAUUAUUACUUCUAAUACAAUUCUAAUAUAAUUAGAAUCGUUAAAUUGUAUAAAAGUAAUUUGUAAAUUUCCCUCAUAGUGCAUAUAUUUUAAGUGUACAAAUUAUAUACAUAUUAAUUGGGAACGAGGUAUGCGACGCGACACGCAGUGACAGUAAGAAAAUCAGAACGCGCGGCGGGCGUCCAAGAACGAUUUGAAUAAGAGAAAGAAUAUCGAAUACAUGCGAGGCUUUAUUGCACAAAAAGUACCAUUAUAUUUUUCAUAAUCCCAGUGUUACUUUGAAUUAAGUGUAAUAUAUAGGUUUUUAAAUUAAUAGAUAAAACUCUACUAACAUAUUUAAUUUAUUCACUAUCGCGAUCGAAUAUAGCGAAUUGUUGCUAUAAAGACAAAUAUACAUACGCAGGAUUUCGUAUUUAUUAUUACAUUAUACAGUUAGUAAAUACAUAUUAUUGAAAGCUAUUUAAUACGUAUAAGUCUUAUUUACAAUAUAAUAUACAUAUAUAUGUAUAUUUAUAUAUAUAUAUAUAUAUGUUUCUACGCUUUGCACGAUGUCCGAGUUUGUUUUUAUCGAAUGAACACACACUACGGCUACCCUGUUUCUGUUUUCCAAUGUUAAUUACACAAGCAUGUCGUUCUAGCGCUAUCGUAAAAUCAUGUACGACGAAUUUCAAUGGCAUGGAAAAAGAAAUAUUUAUCUUUAUUCAUUAUUACUAUCGAUGAAACUAAUGAAUUUAGAAUUCGUUACGCUUUAAUUGAUCUUUUAUCGAACAUUUUGGAAAUGUUUUAAAACGCGAAUUUUAUUUAAUAUAUAUAUAUAUAAUCAUGGAAUUAACGCUUGUUCUUAGCUCACGGAUAACUGAAUGAUUUUGGAUUCUCAUUGAACUUUCAAUAGUUGUCUUAAAACAAAAAAGGGUAUCGUUCUUUUCUAGAAAUGAUCCAUUAAAAUCCAAGGAGAUCAUUGCAACGGAGCACGAAGCUUUUUCCGCAUGGAAUGGCAGAAAAGAGAAAUGUUAGAAGAGCUUAUAAUUUUACCGAUACAAUUACCUAUGCGAGCUACGAAUGAGAAUAUCUGCGCAAUUACACGGAAUAUGCGUUUAUAAAUGUCAUUAGAUAUACCAGAAUUGUGUACAUGUAAACCAGUUUGAAUUAAUUUAAACUCUUGUUCGUAGAUUAAACAAAAUGGUCAACAUGGUCGAUUACGUUGACGAUUGCGUUAAGCGUGUGCGAAGACUGAAUUACUGAUACAGGAUAUUUCUAGCAGGUAAUUGCGCUGAUCGUAUCUGGGUUGUAAAUAAUUUAAAACACGAAAUAAAUAGAAGAUAUUUUUUAUUUUUA